CUCUCCGUAGUCAGUAUAAAGCAGACUGUUACUUGGUGGUCUUAUCAAUACUUCUAAAGAGCACUAUGAAGUUUCUCGUGAUACUGCUCUCCUACAUCGCCCUUGCAUGGGCUCAAGAUGAGGCCGAGUGUAAGUGCGGCGCCUUUGUUGCCGAGAGUACUGAUGUGCGUGAGGUGGUCAACCUUCCCGACGUCGAGGUGAAAAACUGUCAUGAUGACGAGGACUGUGUUAGCGGAUGCCAUGCACAGUGGGAUGAAUUAACUAACAACGGAGACUUGGAUACCAUACUCGACAACGGUGUGUCGGCGGGCCAGACUUUAUGCAAUGCCUUGGCUGAAGACGGUGACUUGGACUUUGGCCCAAAGGAAGUAUACGCGUACUCCAGUCUGUGUGGAGGCCCCUGGUUGACUGAUGGCCCUGCCUCCAGGCAUCCACUUCUUUGUAAAGACGGUAGAUACGUACCUGCUAAUUAAGUACCAAUAUCUCUGGCAGUCCCCGAGACCUUUCACAAGUGACAACACCUGAACAACUCAUCAAGAUGUUUCCUUAAUCAUCUUCAUCUUGACCAUAAACAUCAAUGAAAGAUUACAUCCAGAAUCGCUUUUUUUUCAACAACGUCGUCACAGAUUCAUACACCUUUAAACUACUCAAAAUCACAACAUACAAAUAUUUGAUUCACUUACGAAGCAAAAAAGAUUCAAGUCUUUUAUUGACAAAAGGUAAAUCAGCGUAUGUUGACUCAGUUGCGCUAUCUUUGGUCGUCGAAUCGGCUUACUGAUUACCAUUGAUUGUACAACUGUAUUGUGUAUAAACAGCUUAUUGUAUUAAC